AUGACUAGCUCCAUGACAGCUUCCAAGCAAGCAGAGCUCCUCAAGACAUGGAGCAAAUAUCGCGGCGUAGACAUCUGUACAGAAAAGGAAGCUUCCAACUCGUGUGUUGGCUUCCUUGGCAAAAAGCGAACGCUCUCGAAGCACCUCUCCUUUGCAGACCUGACGACUCCCUCGGGCGAAAUAAUACAAGUCUGCUCGAAUGGCGAAAUCGACAAAAAUGCGCACACCGAUUUUCGUCAAAUACCGGCUUUCAGCCCUGUCGUUAUCAGCGUCCGAGCUCCGAGCGCAGAGGAGCAAGAUCGCAACAGCGCCGGCAAGACGACCGUAUAUCUUGACGACAUUCGCGCCCUCAACAGUGUCCCCAAAGACCUUAUAGUUACGCCUGAGACUGUUUUUCCGCAGACGAAGCGCCAUCUGCAAAUACGAUUUCACCCAGAAAUACAAGCUCGACUCGAGUUCCGCUCAUGGCUGAAGAAUGUCCUACACCAGGGGCUUAUGGAAAAGGGCUUUACAGACGUUGAGACCCCGACGCUCUUCAAAUCCACGCCAGAAGGUGCCAGAGAAUUUCUUGUUCCCACGAGGCAGCGAGGAAAAGCAUAUGCCUUGACCCAAAGCCCACAGCAGUAUAAGCAGGUUCUCAUGGCCAGCGGCAUUUCGCGAUACAUGCAAUGGGCUCGCUGCUAUCGUGACGAAGACUCGCGGGCUGACCGCCAGCCUGAGUUUUCUCAGCUAGAUAUGGAGUGGGCAUUUGCUGGUGCGGCUACAGUGCGCCAAGAUAUCAACGACAUAAUCAUGAAGGCCUUAACGGCGCUCAGGCCCUCUUGCUACCAAGAUAUGCGAGGAGAAAGAAUUCCAAUGGUCCGAGAAAUCUCAGCAACAGAGGAAUCCGGCGUCGACAAGGCGCAUCAGCUCACAACUCUGACCUUUGCAGAGUGUAUCUCUUCCUACGGCUCUGACAAACCCGACCUGCGAAUACCUGGGCGUAUCCAUGCCAUCAAGGACAUUGAACCUUAUCAAACCUUUGUUGGAAUGAUCACACAUCUGCAAAAUCCAACGAUUGAAGCAUUUGCCUUUCGACUGAACGACGUUUCACCGGAAGAGUCCCGUCAGUUCGUCAUGAAGUUUAUGGACAGUCUGCCACCAGAACUAGGGGAAAAUCCCGAAGGCAAACCACAAGUUCUCAUUUUCGAUUCCAGAAAACCACUUUGUGGUUUCUCUUCCAUUGGAUUUGAAUAUGAGCCUCUACUGGAUCAAAUCACAGAAGGCGAGGAACUCAAUGAUGGUGACCUAGUCGUGUUUCAAGCCCGAGACACACCAAAGGGUCAAUACUGCUCAGGCUCUACAAAAGUCGGUGAUUUGCGCAUUGCGUUAUGGAAAUCGCUCGUCCAGCAGGGCUACCUGUCAAAAUCUCGCAACGGCGACGCAGGCUCCCUGCAAUUUGUCUGGGUGACAGAAUUUCCCAUGUUCAAGCCGACUGAGGAAAACGAACCUGGGCAAGAGGGUGCGGCCGGCAUUGCCGCAUCUCAUCACCCAUUCACGGCGCCUCUCUCAGAAAAAGAUCUUGAGCUCCUCUUCACCAACCCUUUGGACGCCAAAAGCGCCGCAUACGAUCUCGUUCUCAACGGCGUCGAGAUUGGCGGCGGCAGUGUCCGUAACCACAUUGCUGACGUGCAGGACUUUAUCAUGCGCGAUGUGCUGCAAAUGACUGACAAGCGCAUUGCGGAUUUUGCGCACCUGUUUGAGGUGCUGCGCGCCGGGUGCCCCCCGCAUGCCGGCUUCGCGCUGGGCUUUGACCGCAUGGUGGCGCUCAUGACGGAUACGUCGACCGUCCGAGACGUUAUCGCUUUUCCCAAGACGAUGAAGGGCGAGGAUGCGUUUGUCAAGUCGCCAAGCAGGAUUACAGAUGAGCAGCUUGCUCCAUAUGGACUGCAGCUGCGCAGGUCAAAGUAA